CUGUGGCUAUGCGCAAUAUAUGCAUUUAUCUAAAUACAAUUAAAAUCCCGCAUAAAUUAUUUGCUUUGUGAAACUACUACACAUGAAAAAAUGCUUGGCAAUCAUGGUGCCAUCUCAUUUCGCUCAUCAUGGCUUGCUUUGUCUUCAUCUGAAAUCAGUCGGGAAAUUUCGUGUUUCAACAGACAAAAUAACUAAAAUUGUUAAAUAAAUAAGGAAUUGAUUAAUAAGAACGCAAAUGUUGGUAAAAGUGAAAAGUGGGAAUGUGAUAAAACUCAUUGAUAUAAACACAGAUACCAGAGCGAAAGAUGGGUUUGAUUUCAUUUGUUCAAAAUUCGGCAUUGCGUACAAUAUCACAAUAAAAUUUCUGGACCGGAAUAAAGUUCCAAUAGAGGAAAGCCAAAUAGUAUCUACAAUUAAGCAGUUUGAAAGUUUUUCCUGUUUUUUGCUAGAAAUUUUAGACAAAGGUGACGUUUUGAAAGAUACUAUUGGAAGCUGUUUAAUACCAGAGUGGUUUAUUGAAAUCAAACCGUUUUUACAUCUGCUACGACUACUACCUUCAUUUACACUACGCUCAAAGGAAAAUAAACAACAACGACUAAAUUUCGAAUCAACCAUCAAUAAAUUUAUAAAUUUGCAGAAUAUAAAUACACCCAUAGACGACUUCGAAUUAAACAGCAAGCAGCCCACAAUCGUAGCAUCUGGAAAAAGUAAGGAGGAAAUUGUUCAGUAUUUUAUUUUAAUUGACGGUAAAGCUUUACAUGUGCCUAUAACAUAUACUUUCAUUGAGGUAUUUCAUUUAUAUUUUAAGUCAUUUUAUGUAUUCCAUAUAGAAUUCGAUCCAGCAUUGUCAAACUUUUUAAAAUUUUUUUCUAAGUUCAUUUACAAAGUUGAACCGAAUGUAAAGUGUUCUAAUCGAGUUCUUGAGAUCUAUAUGAAAUUCAAAAGCAAAAUUGAUGCUGAACGAUCAGUAAUUUAAAAAAUGGGAUAUUUUUGUUUUAUAUGUAAGAAACUCGGUAGGGAGAAAAAGUUUUAUAAAUAGUACUAAUCUAAAUGAAAAUGUAAAAUUUUGUCUAUCAAAGGUUUUACCAGAAUACGAAACAUGUAACAUAUAUUCUUCAACUUGGAUUGAAUAUAAAUACGGAUAUCGUUAUAGAACUGACUUUAUG